AUGGACGCGAUUCUCCAAACAGUGGGCAAUCUCCUCCCAUACCACCUUUUGUCUUAUGGCGCUUUACUUGGCACAGAGCUGUACCAGAGCUUUGUCAAUACAAGACUCUGCUACCGACAUCUCCCCACGCGCGAGUUUCUCCUCUUCAACAAGCACGUGUUCCCGACUUACUUCACCUGUCAGAUCGGGUUAGCGGCGCUCACGGCUGCGACGCGCCCGCCUUACAGCGUCCUUUCCCUUGCGACUGAUCUCUGGAGCGCUGCCCCGCUAGUUAUCGUCGUCGCAAUGGGCUCAUUGAACUAUUAUGCCUUUGGACCCAGAACUUUCAGAGCUUCUUGGCUUCGGAGCAUUGUACAAGACACGGAGAAACGUGGGCCUAGAAUGGAGGAGAAGCUGCAGAAUGCCAAUCGCGGUUUCUCGCGCAAUCAUGCCAUGUCAAUUCAUUUGAAUGCCAUUGCGUUGGUGGCUACCGUUUGGUAUGGGUUUUCGCUGUCUCACACGCUCAUCAAUGGUCUCUAG